CCGAACGCGCACGUCAAUGUCUGGCCUGUCGGAGAAUUCUAAGCUUCGCUACCGCUGUGAAAUUUCAGAUGAGUCCCUUAAAACCCUUCUAGAUUCAUCCAGAGAUAUUCAGUGUGAAGCUUUCAAAAAUAACCAAAAGGUCAAUAUGACGGACGCUGUUUUAAACCAUCUGACUGCAAGCAAUAUCUUUGAUCUUCGUGGCGUUGUCGCCGUUGUCACUGGUGGUGGUUCGGGUAUCGGGUUGAUGAUCAGCUCAACUCUUGUUGCCAACGGUGCAACUGUGUAUAUUGUGGGACCGAAACAGGCUGAUUUGGACAGAUUUGCUCAUACAUAUAACGAGGCUGCAUCCCAAGACCCACGAAAAGGACGUAUGCAUGGUAUCGAGGGAGAUAUCAGGCUAAAGUCGGAAGCAACCCGCUUAGCUGAAGAGAUUGGAAAACGCGAAAAAUAUCUCACUGUCUUGUUCAAUAACGCGGGAGUUCUUCAGGGAUCAUAUGAACCUCCUACUGAAGCCACUGCUGCCUCCUAUGUCGCAAGUCACUUUGAUCGCGUCACUCAGGAAAACUUCAACAAUGUUAUCAACACAAAUUCUAUUGGACCGUAUUGGCUUUCUUUUGCAUUUCUGCCUCUUCUCGAGAAGUGGAAAAAGUCGGAAGAUCCAGCCACCAAAAAAUUCUUACCACAAAUCAUCAUGACAAGCAGUAUGAAUGGGUGGACCAAGGAUUCUAACACAGCUGGCCGUUCAUACCCCUAUAUGUUUUCCAAAAGUGCAAUAGGGCAUUUCACGUCCUCUUUGGCUCACGAACUUCUUCCACUCGGUAUCAGAGUCAAUGGAAUUGCUCCUGGACUGUUCGUCUCCCAGAUGAGUGCCCCGGGGAUGGUUGACCCCGUUACUGGGGCUUCGCACCUACCUCAAGGGGCAACCUUUCCUCUUGAGGUUCCCGCUGUGCUCGGUUCUAAUCGCGACAUGGGCUCCCUCGCUCUAUUCUUGGUUGCUAACUGGUUUGUCAACGGAGAGACUGUCCUCAUUGAUGGUGGACCUUACUCAAGCAUCCGUCAUCAUAUUAGUAUGCGGACUGCUCUAUAUUAUGCGCGAACUUCGAACUUGUAUGGUUUUACUUUCCUUCAUAUGACAUAUACUUGGGCCGUCUUGGCACAUGUUACUGAAUCCCUGUCAUAUCUCACUCCUUUCUUGCGCUAGGUCAUGUCCAACUGUACUUAUCCCAAUAUAUUUCAUACUCGAGAGCCCCAUGUUCAUUGAACGAGAUCAGAAUAUUGAGUUUUGGUCAACACAUAACAUUUUGGUGGACGUGUGACCAUGUGAUGAUCUGCACCUGGAUCCAUGGCCCGAGUACUACGCUAUUAGCCGAAGAGCAACAUUUCGUUCCUUGCCAGAUAACUUGGGACGCCAACCAAAUCAGGCAUGUGCCAGAUUCGGGCCACACUGAUGGCUUGAGAUGAGUUCUGACGCCAAUGGUGGCAGUGACUGAAAAUGGUGAUAUAUAUGUCAGUAAGCCACCAUGGUCGGGAAUCAACAGUGGGAAAGAUUCUGAAUCACUGGCAUAUCACUUUAGGCCUGACGUUUUCGAAUACACGGUUCUAUUACUCUCCGCGAACAUCAUGACUUAUAAAAGGACGCAGAUGAAGAUGGGUUUCGAUUCCUCCCCCAACCCGACAUAUCACUUCUCAAAUUAACAUGGCAGAUACUGUCCUCAAUAAUCUGUCUGCCAGUACCAUUUUCGAUCUCCGAGGUAUUGUCGCGGUAAUUACUGGUGGUGGAUCUGGAAUCGGUCUUAUGAUCGGUUCUACCUUGGUUGCUAACGGUGCUACAGUAUAUAUCAUAGGUCUUGAGCAAGAUAAGUUAGAUAAUAUCGCAGAAACCUAUAAUGCAGCUGCGGCAAAGGACCCUAGGAAGGGACGAAUGUUUGGUAUUAAAGGCGAUGUCAGACUAAAGUCCGAGGCAGCCCGCUUAGCAGAAGAAAUUGGAAGACGUGAGAAAUAUGUCACUGUCCUAUUCAACAACGCUGGCACAAGUUCGAAUUCCGCCUUUUCAGCUCCAGCUCCUACUGCCGAGGCCUACAGGUCCCAAUACUUUGAUUCUAUUCAACAGGAGGAUUUUCAUAAUGUUUUCGAUACCAAUACUGUGGGCCCAUAUUGGCUUACCUUCGCGUUCCUGUCUCUACUAGAACGUUGGAAAACUUCUGCCCCAGAAAAUGCUGUAGCGCAGAGGUUCGUUCCACAAAUCAUUAUGACCUCUAGUAUGAAUGCCUGGACGAAAGACUCAAGGACAGCAGGGCGCUCUUACCCUUACUUGUUUUCGAAGAGUGCUUUAGGUCAAGCUACAUCUAGUCUGGCGCACGAACUUUUACCCCUUGGAAUAAGGGUGAACGGGAUUGCUCCAGGUAAGCUCAUCGGAUGAUUCUUGGUUCUUGUCAUCAUGCAUCAUUCUAGGUUUUUUUCAAACUGAAUUAUCGGCUCCUGGUACAGCAGAUGAAGCAGGUCUGUCCCAUGUGCCGGAUGGUAUGGAAGAUCAAGUCGAGUUCCAGGUGCCUGCUGGCUUUAAGACUGGCAGUAACCGGGACAUUGGUUCAUUAGCUCUAUUCUUGGUGGCCAACUGGUUUGUGAAUGGGGAAACAGUAUUAAUUGAUGGUGGCACUCUAUUGCAGCACGCUAGUUCGUACUAAUACCAUUAUGGUAUAAAAUCUUUGUUUUGGCGCAAGCACCGACGUUAUCAUGGUAUCUGCGCCUAACCGUAUAGCUGUUAACGUGAGUAGUGUACGUGCUAGCAUUAUUUUGUAGAGUAUUAUACAACGUACAAUGUUAUGAAUUUUGGAAUUAU